GCCAGCUCGGAUGAGGUUUCGAGGACCGCCAUCAUGGUGCGCAAGCUGAAGUUCCACGAGCAGAAGCUGCUGAAGAAAGUGGAUUUCAUCUCCUGGGAGGUGGACGGUAACCUGAGCGAGCUGAAGGUGCUGCGGCGGUACCGCAUCCAGCGGCGGGAGGACUACACCUCGUACAAUAAGCUGAGUAGAGAAGUUCGAGAAUUGGCACGCAAGAUCAGAGACCUGGAUGCGAAAGAUUCCUUCCGAGCCAAGAGCACCAGUCGGUUGCUGGAAAAGCUAUAUUCAUUGGGCUUGAUCCCUACAAGGCAGGGUCUACAACUCUGUGAGAGAGUGUCAGCGUCAUCUUUCUGCAGGAGACGUCUCCCCACUAUAAUGGUAAAGCUGCGUAUGGCCCAGAACCUGAGAACAGCAAUUACUUUCAUUGAGCAAGGACAUAUCCGAAUUGGACCGGAAGUCGUAACCGAUCCAGCCAUCCUAGUGACGAGAAAUAUGGAAGACUUUAUAACCUGGGUGGACUCUUCAAAGAUCAAACGACAUGUAAUGGAGUAUAAUGAAGAGAGAGAUGACUUCGACCUGGUUGUCUAGUUUCACUUCUUUGUCCUGACUGCCCUCUGCAUUACUUUAAGUGAAGUGAAUCCAGCUGUUGGUGACACAACCUGCUCCAGUUGUCACUAUUCAUAUGUUCUUGUGGCAGGACUAUAUUGUGAGCUGUGUUACUGGACUUGAGCUUCUAUUAUACACCGCCCACGACAAAUGUCAAUUUCAUCUUCUUUAUAAUACUCUGGGCAUUAUACUACAUUUUAUAAAGCAUUCUGACUUCACAGUGUAGCCUCUCACUAAUUAGUUGCAAUAAACAAGUUUAUAGUGUUGGCAUCAUUUACAUCAAAACAGAUUUAUAUGAUCAUGGAAUGGAUCCUGUGAAGAAGUGACCCAGUGUUUGGUGUUAUGAAUGCUUACAUUUCAAUCAUGUUGUGUAGAAGUGCAGCUAGUCAUCCAUUUGGAAGCUAUCCUUUAAGCCAUCUGUAACCUGCACAUUAAAGCCGUUACUAAAAUAAUCAUUCCCUUAUUGAUAUUGUGUGCAGUCUGAAUAUAGUUUGACCAUUACCUACAUGUUGAUCUGACGCAGAUACGUGCGUUCCUUUGACUGACAGAUUGUCCACUAUGCAUUUUUUAAAAUCUUCUGUGUAUUGAUCUGGUAUGGUUCUGAUAGCUUGGAAUAAAUAGCACAUGAAGACUAAUGAGCUAUGUUCUCCAUAUCCCUCGCUUAUAAAAGAGAUCAUCAUCAGCCUAGCCUUUCUUUUGAGGCAGAAAUUUCUGUUUGAAGUGCAUGUAUCCUCAUAUACGAUCAGCUGAUGAGACAAGGAGAGGAUAAGUGAACAAUGGCUUUAUCCAAUAGCAUUUACAGCAGAUCAUUUACGUCGACUCAAAACUUAAUUGAAGCAGCUUAGUCUGCAUGCCCACGCUUGACUUCUUCCCUUAGUGGAACUAAACAUGCAUUUUGUACUGGAAUUGGAAUUAAAGUCAAAAACACCUUUUAAUAAGAAAAUGGUAAUUUCACUUUAAUACUUCCCAGAAUCCUGAUUUAAACGGUGCAAGGAAUGGAAAAUCAAUAGGUUCCAGAUGUUGAUACUUCUGAAUAAAUGUCCUAACACUGGUUUUAAAUGGGUAAUGAACCGUUAAACCUCUUAUUCUUUGAGAAAGGCUGCACUGUAUUUUAGCUCUACAAGUAUUUGUGAUCUUCUGCUUAGAAAAUGGUAACAUUUGUGUAUUUAUAAAUUUCUUUAGAAAUUCGACAAAAAGAAAAUCUUUUAGCUUUUAAUUCCUAUUUUUUAAAUCUUGAAAUAACUGAUUGUCUUGUGGUAAAGCUGGGUAAGGGCAGCUUGAUAUUUUUUUUCUAAUAAAGUGUUGGGCAGUUGAAUAAAAGUGGUCAUUUAAAAAUUG